GAGACACGAGACUGACGUAAAUAUAACGUGAGUUACAUGCAGCGAGUUACGUUGUAGAAGUAAAGUUGGAAAAAUGCAACUGUGGGAUUUUGUUCGUAAUAUUUUUGGUGGAGGAAAUUCCAAGGAACCUCCCAUAACAGGAUAUUUUGAUCAUCAAAAUAAUGACAAUUUUAUAAAUCCAAUUUGGCAAGAUGAUGAAAAUGCAUACAACAUUAGACCAUUUGGAGAAAGCAAUCACUUCAAUAUCUUCAGCGAUCCAUUGCAAAUGGCACAUCACUUUAUAUCUCAAAUAGAUCAUAUGUUAAGUGAUCAUAUUUUUGAUAAGUUCAUGUUUGGCUUUGGUAAUGAAGGACAGAAUAUAUUUACAGAUGCAUUUUCAUUCGCAUCUCCACCUAAUGAGAACUUACGUGAUAAAAUGUUAAAAUCACCCAAUCAUGAUAUGUUAAGUCAACCAGCACUUAAGUUAGAUACAGAUUUAGAUGGAAAGAUUACACCAGAUAAUUUUUCAAAUGUUUGGGAUAAGCAAAACGAAUCAAAUUCAGAAGAGCUAAGACCAUUUGCACGCAUAACUGGAAAAUCUGUAAUGAAAGAAUAUGUAAGGGGACCUGAUGGGAUUAUAAAGCAAAAACAAGUAAUUCGAGACCAUGAAGGAAAUGAGGAAACAAUUAUAUCACAAAAAGUUGGUGAAAAAAUGUACACUGUUGUUAUAAAAAAGGAUAAAAAUGGAAUAGAGACGAAAACCGAAAAUUUUUACAAUACAAAUGAAGGUGAUUUGACAGAUGGAAAGGACUUGUUAUUGAAAAAUGACUCCACUUUCAAUAAUUUUAAUGUAAAUUUAUUUCUAUGGAAAAACUUCUUCAAUCCUAACCCAAAAUUAUAGACAAGUAAGAAAAUCCAUAUAGUAAAUUUUAUAUAGCAAAGUACAUACUAGUACAUGAUCUUGAAAUUAAAGUUAUGAUUUAAAAUAUACAUAAAUACAAUAAACUUAAUGUAACUAUAUCAAGUUAUUCAGUUUAAGAGGGUAUUCUUCUCUUCCUCAAUGUGUUUGGAAAUGAAUAUGUACAAAAAAAAAAAGAAACUGAAACAUAACUAUUGGGAUGGGAUUUGUUUAUACUUGGUAUAUAAAAAAAAAUGAUUCAAAUUAAAAAUAUGUCAUUUAUUGUACAAUACAACUGUACAAGUACAAAAUUGUGGACUGAAAUUACAAUCCUUGUGUUUAGUCAAAUAAACCUGUAAAAAAUGAAUGCAAUUAAAAUAGAUUCUAAUUCUUGGACAA